GCACUGAAUAACUCCUUCACCCACCUUUGUUGUAUCCCUUUCAUGCUCUCUCUAUCUAGGGUUUUCAGAUUCCCGCUUUUACUAAUGAAACCAGCAGAUUCAUCAUCAUCUCUUCUGAAACCAAUUUCUUCAUUAGCAAUAGAUAAUAUGGGAGAUAAAACACCUGAAUCUAGUAAUGUUAGUGCGAACAAUAAGAAAUCAAAAGAUAAGUCAAACUCAAAUUCAGUAACUGUUCCUAAAGACCAAACUUAUCUCGAUUCCAUCACGGAAAAACGUAUCCAAUUUUUCGAUUCUAUUAAACUUCAACAAAUCAAAGAGCGUGAGCUCAUUGGUGGGGAAUCUAUCAAAAUAACGUUGCCGGAUGGGAAUGUUAAGGAAGGAAAAAAAUGGAUAUCAACGCCAUUUGAUAUUGCUAUGAUGAUACAUAAACAGUUGGCAUCGAAUGCAUUGAUAUCUAAAGUAAAUGGAAGCCUGUGGGAUAUGAAUAGACCUCUAGAAGAGGACUGUGAACUAAAGUUAUUUUCAUUUGACACUGAUGAAGGGAGGGAUACAUUUUGGCAUUCAAGUGCACAUAUUCUUGGAGAGGCACUUGAGAGGCAGUAUGGAUGCAAGCUGUGUAUUGGUCCAUGUACGACAAGAGGAGAGGGAUUCUACUAUGAUGCAUUUUAUGGCGAUCUUGGCUUGAAUGAGGAUCACUUUAAAAUCAUCGAGAAAGCAGCAGAGAAAGCUGUCGCGGAGAAACAACCAUUUGAGCGCAUUGAGGUUACAAGGCAGCAAGCCCUUGAAUUGUUUUCAGAAAACCAUUUCAAGGUUGAAAUCAUUAACGAAUUGCCAGAAGACAAGACAAUCACUGUUUAUAGAUGUGGACCCUUGGUUGAUUUAUGUCGUGGUCCUCAUAUACCAAACACAUCAUUUGUGAAGGCAAUUGCCUGUUUAAAGGCUUCCUCUGCUUAUUGGAGAGGAAAGAAGGACCGAGAAAGUUUGCAAAGAGUUUACGGGAUAUCAUAUCCAGAUAGAAAACUUCUGAAGGAAUAUCUUACUAAGCUGGAGGAAGCAAAGAAGUACGACCAUAGAUUGCUGGGAGCUAAACAAGAGCUUUUCUUUUGUCACCCUCUUAGCCCAGGAAGCUGGUUUUUCUUGCCUUAUGGAACUCGCAUAUACAACAAAUUAGUGGAUUUCAUAAAAGUCCAAUACAGGGAGAGGGGUUAUGAAGAGGUUGUAACACCAAAUAUGUAUAAUAUGCAACUCUGGGAAACUUCUGGUCAUGCUGCAAACUAUAAAGAGAACAUGUUUGUGUUUGAGAUUGAGAAACAGGAGUUUGGACUUAAGCCGAUGAAUUGUCCUGGUCACUGCUUGAUGUUUGAUCAUAGAGUUCGUUCUUAUAGAGAGUUACCUCUCCGGCUGGCGGAUUUUGGUGUUUUGCAUAGAAAUGAAGCUAGUGGGGCUCUGACUGGAUUGACACGUGUUAGGAGAUUCCAGCAGGAUGAUGCUCAUAUAUUCUGCAGGGAAUCCCAGAUAAAAGAUGAAGUCACGAGUGUCUUGGAAUUUAUAAGAUACGCAUAUGACGUUUUUGGGUUUACCUUUGAGCUAGAACUAUCAACGAGACCAGAGAAAUACCUAGGAGAAAUAGAGACCUGGGAUAAAGCUGAAGGUGCACUCACUGAAGCACUGAACGAGUUUGGUAGGCCAUGGAAGAUAAAUGAGGGAGAUGGUGCCUUUUAUGGACCCAAAAUAGAUAUUAGCGUAUUUGAUGCCUUAAAGAGGAAGUUCCAGUGUGCAACAUUACAGUUGGACUUUCAACUGCCAUCUAGAUUCAACCUGUCGUAUUCAGCGGAAGAUGAAGCUAAGAGAGAAAAGCCUGUUAUGAUACACAGGGCUAUCCUUGGAUCUGUUGAACGGAUGCUCGCUAUACUCCUGGAACAUUACAAAGGAAAAUGGCCUUUCUGGCUUAGUCCAAGACAAGCGAUUGUCUGCCCUAUAUCGGAAAAGUCGACUCCGUAUGCCCUAAAAUUGCAAGAUCAGAUCCACAAAGCUGGAUUUUAUGUCGACGUUGACAUUACUGAUAGAAAGAUCGACAAAAAGAUUCGAGAGGCGCAGUUGGCCCAAUACAACUAUAUGCUGGUGGUUGGCGAGGAAGAAGCCAAUAAUGGAACGGUGAGCCGACGAGUUAGAGACCACGCAGAUCGUUCAGUUAUGAGCGUUGAAGAGCUACUCACAUUCUUCAAGGAAGAGGCCGCAGCUUUUCGUUAAAAUGUCAUCACAACAAAACAUUUUUUUGGAUUAAACAGGAGAACCAGAUAGUGAUUAACGAAAAUGAGAAGCAAGUGUUUCUUGUUUGCUGGGAAUGAAUUGUCAGCGAUGGUUAAUUGGUUUCUCACGUAUGAAUUUAUGAUUGAUAAGCUCUGUAUAAGAAUCAUUUUUGAUAUGAAUCUAUGAUUGAUGAGCUCAAUCUAUCUGAAUCAUUUUUGAUAUGCUAGUGAUUUUGCAGGCUAUCUUAAGUUUGUUGUUUGAAAAUUCCACUCUAUAUUAGAAUCAAGCAAAACCUUUUUUUUUUUU